AUGGCUUGGUGCGAUUCAGACCGGCCCCCAGGUCUGCAAAUCAUCUGCAAGAUAUGUGACAAGGGCUUCCUGACGAGUAGUGACCUGCGACGUCACCAGCGCGUCCACAGCGGGGAGAAACCGUACAAGUGCAAGCACUGCAAGGCGGAGUACGCGCGCAAAGAGCGCCUCAUCAGUCAUCUUGUGAUCCACAUAGAGGAGGGCAUGCUGGCCCGCGGGGAGCUUGGUGGCGAUGGUGGGCUGGACUCGAGCAUGGUGGUGGAUGACACGUCCAAGGACAGCCUGGUCAUUGAGAGUGAUACAUCUGAUGAAUGA